GCGGCUGCCGGAGGCUCCGUCAUGGCCGGGCUGGUCUCGGCCCCGCCGCGCUCCGCCGCCCCUCGCUGACCGCGCCGCCCGCGCCAUGAGCUCUGCGCAGCCCGAGGCUCCCGGUAAGGCCCCCCCGCGCUCCCCGCCGGCCCCAGUGGGCCGCGCUGGCGGUCGCUGAGCGCUGCGCUCUCUCCGCAGCGCUGGAGCCGGGCGGCGGGGCCCGCCGGGUCAGAAUGUCGCUGCCCCUCGGCGUCCCGCGCCGCGCCUUCAGCUACGACGAUGCCCUGGAGGACCCGGCGCCCAUGACGCCCCCCCCCGCCGACCUGUGCGCCGGCGUCCUGUGGAAACAGCCGGUCAUCCCCGAGCGCAAGUACCAGGAGCUGUCGAAGGUUGAGGAAGGGGAUGCAGACACGAAUGCACCUGUCAUAACUCCUUCAUCGUCCACUGAAAGUGUGAACAAGGUGCCUGUGGUGAAGGCCAAGGCCACUCACGUCAUCAUGAACUCCCUCAUUACAAAGCAGACUCAGGAGAGCAUUCAUCGCUUUGAGCAGCAGGCAGGGCUGAGGGAGGCUGGCUACACACCCCACAAAGGCCUCACCACCGAGGAGACCAAGUACCACUGGGUGGCUGAGGCAGUCCACAAGCUAAAAAUGCAGAGUGGAGAGACGACAAAAGAUGACAAACACAAUUCUUCUGCUCAGUCCACUCCAAGCACCAGCCCCCACUCCUCUCCCAAGCAUAAAAACAGGAGUUGGUUUAGUCAGGGAUCCUCUUCUUCUAUCGCUGGCUCAGACUUUGCCAUGGAAGCUGGUGGGGACAAAUUGCCAUCUGAAAAGUGGAGCUUUUUUGGACCCAAAGCCAUCCAGAAAUCCACCACUGAUCCAGGAGGAUUUACUAUUCAGUCCUAUAAGGGUGCCCAGAAGCCAUCCCCAAUGGAGCUGAUGCGUGCUCAGGCUACCAGGAUGCCAGAGGAUCCAGUCACCUUCAAGCCACCCAAAAUGGACAUUCCAGGCACAGAUGGGAGGAAACAAUCUCCACGUUCCCACAAUAUCAAACCUCGGGAUCUGAACGUGCUCACUCCCACUGGGUUCUAGAGAAAAUCUUCUGAUGUUUUUAGCAGGAUACAGGGUGUCUUAGGCUCUGCUUCCCUGUCCCAUGUGCUGCAGUAAAAUAGGAAAGUCUCCCUUCCAGCUCUUCAUCUCAGAAAAGGAAACAGUUGUGACUGUUCUCCUAAAACCAGUCUUGGAAAAAACUCCUGCACUAGUCCUAAACCAAUGUAAACCAUCCUGUCUGCUGCACUGCACUGGUUUGGGCUGUCAGGCUGCUCUGGAUGUGCUUCCCAGUACACCACACCACAGUGAAACCCUGAGCUAUGUUUUUGGGACAGUAGUCCAUGUGGUGUGUGAGCACCUGGCUUGUCUGCCUGUAGUCUGGUUGUCUUGUCCUGCUCAGUGCUGAAGGACCCACAGGAAGAUGGUGAUUCUGUCUGGCAUAUACAGAGCUCCAGUAGGAAAUCAUGGAAACAAGCAAGGACUGAAAACUGGACUGUUAACUGCCAGAAGGAAGUUGGGGAAUGUGAUGGGUCAGUUUAAGUGUGCCAUUCCCUUACUAUCCACUGUGACCAUGUAGUUCAACACCUAUUUCUUCUCUGUUCUUGAUAUGUUUUUUUUAAAGGGAAAGUGGACCAAUGACAAUUCUAAGAUGCUCUUAUUGGAAAGGCAGGGAGCAGCAGUGAGGAAGAAAUCCUUCUGUUCCAACUCUUUGUUCCUCUAAAAGGGUGGAAAUGACCAAAGCUGGUGUGGCUUGAAUCAAGUAAUCCUCCUCUCUUCUUUCUGCAAAACAACACUGUCCUGCCUUUUAGACAGCAGACUUUCAGGUGUUCUGGCAAUCUGGGUGCAGCUAGAUUUGUUUUUGAUUCUGGUUUUCUUUUUCUUCCUAGAAUCGCGUAGAAGUGUAUUAGACAGCAGGAGCACUUCUCAGAGUAUUUUAUCAGCAUUAAUGUGUUCUGCAGGGCUGAGGGAGGACGGAGGGCAGAUUAAGGCUAAACAUUCCUCCCUGUUAUGGUACAGCUGGAUGUAAUUCUUGGUCUGGGCAGAGCCAGUUACUGGGAACAGCUAACACUUGCUUUCAUGGAAAGUGGAAGGAGCUCCUGGUUACCAUCUAAUCCCUUAAGCAUGAUAGGCAGCAUUGCUCUGUAAUCCUCACCUGUCCUGUGGCAAAUGGGUCACCUCAGGUCUCCUCUUGAUCUCACGAUUGUGUUGCAGAGUCCCUCAGCCAGCAGCAGCCUUGCAUCUGGAACUGGAAGCAUCUCUGUUGCCAGGACAUUACACAGAGGUUUCUUAACAGCUGGUAACUGUUGAGCUCUGGGGUUUUUGCCUUCUUAAACCAAACAUUCCUCCCAGAGAGUGAGGCAGGGCUGGCUGCUGGCCCUUCUGAAGAAGCACAUUUUGUGCCACUGCUUUCUCUCAAGCUUCAGCAGCACUGCCAGUGAUGUGUGAAAGUCCCCAACCUAACCCAGCAGUUCUCACUGUCACCACUUAUUUGCACCUUGGCAAUCAAGCUCUCAUUUGACACUAAUUUAUUUGUUGUCUGUAUUCAUGCCUCCUAACGUGUAUGUUUGUUUUGUUUGUUACAGGAAAAUAAAAUCCUUGUGAAUGGA